AUGCCAUCACAUCAUGAGAAAAGUUGUGCAUGUUCAUCCCUCGUUCAACCACGCUGCUUUGAUAGCAUAUGGAACACGCUGAAAGUAAGCUUGUUAAAGAUUAGAACAACUGCUAAUAAAACAUUGAGUGGAAAAGAAGAGAAGAAACAUGAGUGCACGUGGACAAGUCUCCCAGAUGAUAUCAUGGAACUGAUUAUGAAGCGAUUGUGCCUCAAAGAUUGCCUUGGAUUGCGUGAAAUAUGCACCCCUUGGAGGGAUACCGUUGCUAAUGCCAUUGCAAACAAGCAUUGCCACCCAUUGCCUCAACUGCCAGUGCUUGUCCUCAAAUAUAAGGAAUCAUCCAGAGUUUUAAGCUUGAGGACAGAAAGUCUACUUUAUUCCAAAAGACCACUACUUGAGAAAAUACAGAGAAUUCGAGGCUCAGUUGAAGGAUGGAUGAUUGUGAGGGAAUAUUCUAAUGUGGGUAGUCGUAGUGUUACCAUUUUCUUCUUCAAUCCAGUAACUAAUGCUAGAGUCUUUGUCCCAUCAGUGUUAAAUUUCCCAUCCAACUCUCCCCUUCAAGCUGAUAAGUUGUUGAUGAAAAAAAUGGUAGCCUCCUCCAAACCCGAUUGCUUGGAUUGUUUUUUGGUUUGUCUCUUCAAUGAUUAUUGUCACAUUACAUUUUGUAGACUUUCUGACAAGUCAUGGACUACAAUUGAAGCAGAUAGGGAUACAGGGGUUCAUUUUAUGGAUGUGGAAAUUAUUGAUACGAAAUUGUAUGCUCUAACUUUCAAGUCCAUAUUGAUUUAUGAUUUGCAAGAUUCGAGUGACAACCCCCCAAAGCCUAAAGUAUUAGCUAUGCUUCCACCAACGCCACGAGUAGUAUCAACUGUAAUUGGUAACCAACGUUUUGACAUGGGUAAAGUUUUCCCCUGCCUAGUCAAAGAUGAUGCAUUAGGAGAUUUAUUCCUCAUUUACAUGUUCUGUAACUGUGCUUACGAAGCACAACAUGCUGGCUAUUUGAGCACUGUCACCGAAUAUCUUACCCCGCCUGAGAUGACCAGAGUUGAAGUAUUCAAGUUGAAGACAAGUAAUGAAACUAAUCAGUGGAUCAAGGUUGAUAACUUGGGGGACCGCGUGCUGUUUGUUGGCUAUAUCAAGAGCAUGGUAAUGUCAAGGGCAGCACUUAAUAGCACUGAAAAGUUAAUUACAAGAAAUAUUAUCUUUUUUGCUUUUCGUUUUUAUUGUGCUCCAAACCCAUGGGCAGGCGUUCAAUUGGGGAGUAUUUGCUUGGAUGAUAACCGCGUCAGAUAUUUUACUACGGAGAAAUCAAGUCCUUGUGUCCCUUUUCCUUUUUGGUUUGUACCAAGUCUUUGGUAA